AUGGACGACGAGCAGCCUGACAGCCUGGAGGGCUGGGUGCCGGUCCGCGAGGACCUCUUCUCUGAGCUCGAGCGGCACCAGUUGCGCUUUCUUGUGGCCUGGAACGACGCCGAGGGCAAGUUCGCUGUGACUUGUCACGAUCGUACAGCGCAGCGGCGGCGACGGCGCGAGGGGAGCCAGCCAGGCUCCGAGCCGGGCUCCGAGCGUGAGACUGCCAUGCCUCUGCCCAGCUGGGCCGGCCUGCUCUCUGCGGCUGGCUUCCGCGGCGCGCACCAGCAGCUGGCGGCGCUGUGGCCACCGCUGGAGCGCUGCUUUCCGCGGCUGCCGCAGGAGCUGGACGCGGGCAGCGGCUGGGCCUGGGGCCUGGGGCUGUGGGCGUUGGUGUGGCCGACACGCGCGGGCCCCGGCGAGGCGGCGCUGCAAGAGCUCUGCCGGCAGCUGGAACGCUACCUGAGCGAAGCGGCCGACUACUGUGGCGGCGCCACCGUGCGCGACGCGCUGUUUCCGGCCGAGGACGCUGCCGCCGACUGCGAGAGUCCGCGCGAGUUCCGCGAGCGGGCCCUACGCGCGCGCUGGGCCGAGGCGGGCGCGCGCCUGAGCCAGGUAUUAGGGCAGGAGUUUCCUUUGUCUUCCGGGGGUGGUGGUGUUAGCUUCCUAAUGGCUGCAUUUUGCUAUUCUCUUACCAAUAAAUUUCCCUUCUCUCUGUAGAAGUCCUUGGAUGAGGAUGAUCUGGGUCCUAAAAGAGUGGCUGCCCUGCAGAAGGAAGCCACAGAAUGGAGUAGACGGGCUGAAGAAGCUGUAGUCUCUGUUCAGGACAUCACAGUGAAUUAUUUUAAGGAAACAGUAAAAGCAUUAGCAGGAAUGCAGAAACAAAUGGAACAGGAUGGAAAGAGAUUUGGCCAGGCUUCCUGGGCCGCAGUAACUCCCAGGUUAGAAAAACUCAAGCUAAUGUUAGCUCGGGAGACUGUGCAACUCAUGAGAGCCAAAGAGUUGUGCUUAAAUCAUAAAAGAACUGACAUUUGGAGAAAGAUGGAAGACCUUCCAGAACAAGAAAAAAAUAAAUGUGUUGUAGAUGAAUUAGAAAUACAGUAUUAUGAAGUUCAAUUAGAGCUGUAUGAGGUUAAGUUCGAGAUCUUACAACAUGAAGAAAUAAUGCUUAUUACACAAUUGGACUCUAUUAAAAGGCUUAUAAAAGAGAAACAGGAUGAAGUUGUCUAUUAUGAUACAUGUGAGAGUCCGGAGGAACUAAAAGUCAAUGAGGAAGCCGAGGGGUGGAGAAACGAUAAGAAGGUGGAGGUGAAGGAACUCAGGAGACAAUCCCAUCAGCUGGAGUCCAGACGAGGCAGGAUCUGCGCUAGAAGAGCCUAUCUCAGGACCAAAAAGGACCAGUGCAAAGAAAACCAUCGACUCAGAUUGCAGCAGGCUGAAGAAAGUAUAAAAUAUUUUCAUCAACAUCAUAGCAUUCAGAUGAAAAGAGACAAGAUAAAAGAUGAGGAACAAAAGAAAAAAGAAUGGAUAAACCAGGAACGCCAAAAAACACUGCAACGACUAAGAGCCUUUAAAGAGAAAUGUAUAGGUCAGUCUGUACUAAAAACUUCGUGCUCAGAACCUGUGACUCUGGCCCUGCCAUGUGGACUUUCCCAGCAGACAACCUCACUGGCUUCUCAGACGGUGUCAGGAACUCAGCCGGCAUCUGGGAAAACCAGAACUGCUUCCUUCUCUCAAGUGAAUAAUGUGAACAGCCCUGAGUGGCAAGACUGUCCUGGAAACAUCCCUGUCCAGAUUUUUGUUCCAGUCGUGAGGACACAUACUCCAAGUCGAGUGAGGAAUUGUCACCGCCACCCCCGCCGCCUCCUCCCACCACCGCCGCCACCGCCUCCUCCUCUCCCACCACCUCUUCCUGCUUUGCCCUUUUUUCCUCAUCGGAACUUACACUUCAGGACUUCCGGAAAAGAUGAACAGCCACUUCCACUGGUCUGUGAACCACUUCCUGAGAGACCAAGGGAUUCUUCUGGAAGUUUUAAAUGCCCAGGAUCCAUGGAUGAAGUGUUGGCCUCAUUAAGGAAUGGCAAGAGCCCUCUCCAGAAAAUGCACGUGCCCACCCUGCUGCCUCCCCACACCUCAGUCAAUGAGCACAUUCUGGCCGCCAUUAGACAAGGAGUCAAACUAAAGAAAGUCCACCGAGACUUUGGCUUGAGCCCCAGCACCAAAGCCACCAGCGACCUAGAGAGGAGCAUCGAGGCGGCCCUCCAAAGAAUCAAGAGAGUGUCUGCUGACUCUGAGGAGGAGGAGGAGGAUGAAGGCAGUGAACAGAGCCCCGAUGACUGGGACCAGUAA